AUGGCUGAUUCACAGAGGUCCGAUCUGAAUAAGGAUGACGAUAUACCUCCCUUUGGUCUCAUUGAUUUCGACCAUUACUUGAUUCAACACUUUGACCUGUCGCGCCCCAUUGAGACCGACAAGGACCAGUGGAGGCACCUUUGCCAGCAAUACUGGCAGCUGUACCCUCGCGAGCGAUGGCCAUACCACAAAGCCCAGUUGGAUGCCGAAGAUGCUUGGAGGAAUCAUAACGAGCCACCGCCAGCCUAUCCUGUGCUUGAACGACGCAUUGCGCCGUUCCAAACGCCGCUCGAGCGGAGGCUAGGCGACGGCUCGGGGACGCAGUGCUGCCUAAGAACCUGCUACGACCCUGAGCUUGAGGAGGACUACCAGGAAUUCAUCCGUGAAAAUCAGAUAGACCGAGAAUGCCUACUCUACGCCUCUGGGAGUAUCCUCGACGACGAGGAACGCUAUAAGGAUAUGGAUGCUAACCCUAUGGAGGUCUUGUACAAUAUGCCUGGGUACACUGAUGUGGUGGACGUAAUUGACGAGCCGUUGUAUGACGAGCUUCUGCCGUGGAGCGACGAGGAAUGGGCCGCCGCAAGAGAUCCCGAGGACCCCUGCAAGGUCUCCGCGGAAGUCUAUAAUAUCAUCAUGGUUAUAGAUAGAGAGGCUCUCGAGGAGGGUCUUCUCAAGGUGAAGUGGUUGAACUGGCGGAGCGAGGUUGUCUGGGAAAACAAGCUCUACUGGGGCGCAAUCAAUUCCUUUGUGCAGAUUUGGCUGCAAGGUUUUGGAAUCUACGACUUUUCGAAGAGAAACGGGGAUAUUAUAGGAGAGGGAUGGAUGCCAAGCCCCUAG